AUGGCGCCGGCAAGCAGGGGCUGGCGCCCAAGCCGCUCAUAUCAAGCUAUCGUCGACUUGACGGCAGAGGACGAUCAGGAGAACAGGAUGUUUCCAGCCAAGAUCGCUCAUUUUAUCACUACGAUUCCACAGAAACGCAAGACGACAGAGGGCGACAGAUCGCCUAUUCCACGCGCCCUAUCUUCUCAGGCUGCGCUCAACGCGGGCAUCGGCAACAAGAGCCGUGACCAGAGCGCUGACCAGUCCUCGCGACAGUCCUCGCGACGGCCUGACCUGUCUACGGAUUCCAUUAGCGUCGUGAUUCCACGACCUUCUCCUAAUCUCCAAAGACAGAUCGAGGCGACAGAGCAAGCCUUGUCUUUGCCCCUUGGGGUUGCGACAAACUUCGUCGAGGUCUUUACUCCUAAUCACUUCGAGAAGAUGGCUGGCUAUCGCAAGUACUCGCUUUCUCGGCCUUCCAUCUCGCAUUCUGAGACACCUCUGGCGAUCGGUAGUUCCCCUAUGCCAGCUGGCAAACAAACUCUGCUCUGUACUACUGUCAAUUCCGCAAACGAAACUCGCAAGACGCUGCAAUUCAAACUGAACUGCAUCCAGGGACCGCCUGUCUCCUACGACGUCAAUGACCCCAAAAUCCUUCGACGCCUUGCAUCCGACUUUGAUUUCAUAAACGAGUACAAGUUGCACAAGGAAGUCGAACCGACUCCACAAGAGUUCCUCUAUGGCUGCAGCUGUGACCCAAUUUGCUCUGACAAGUGCGCCUGUCUUUACAAGGACGAAGAUACUAGCGAGACGAUCAUCCCUUAUUCCAAUGAGGGCCUUCUGACUUCCGAUUUCCUCGAACGCAAGGUCAUGAUCUCUGAAUGCAGCUCGCAGUGUGAAUGCAGUUCUUCUUCCUCGGAUGAAAAGUGCUGGAACCAUGUCGUUCAGGAGGGCCGUACCAUCAACCUGGUGAUCUUCCAUACGGGCCCUCGUGGUUUCGGUCUUCGCUCUCCUAGCCCUAUUCGCAAGGGACAAUUUAUCGAUAGAUACCUAGGUGAAGUCAUCAGCAAGGAGAAAGCAAGCAUUCGCGAGGAUGGCUCGGAGAAGGACCAGUCCUACUUGUUCAGCCUUGAUUGGUCCGGCGAGUGCAAGUACGUGGUGGAUGCCCAGAAGUUCGGCACCAUCACCCGCUUCAUGAACCACUCUUGCAAUCCCAAUUGCAAACUGAUCCCAGUCUCAACCGAGCAAGGCGACAAUCACUUCCUGUACGACCUGGCGUUCUUCGCGCUUCGCGAUAUUCCGGCAGAUACUGAGCUUACCUUUGAUUACAACCCGGACGCUGAAAUGGUCGAAACGAUCGAUCCCGAUGCUGUCAAGUGUCUUUGCGGGGAGGAGAACUGCCGCAAGCAACUUUGGCCUAACAAGCGAAAAGGCACCAAGUAA